AUGGCCUCACGGCCCGAUCUCAAGGUCGACGAUGAGGGCGGCUUCAUUCGGGCGUACCGGCAGAUACCCGCCAAAUUAGAUCCCGGAAACACCAUUCGAGUGCUCGAUCGAGGCGACUUCUACAGUGCACACGGAGAAGAUGCGGAUUUCAUCGCUCGCACUGUAUACAAGACGACCGCAGUCAUUCGAAAUCUGGGUCGCAGCGAUAAUGCCUUACCGAGUGUUACGAUGACCACAACGGUCUUCCGUAACUUACUGAGAGAGGCUCUAUUCCGACUAGGCAAGCGUAUAGAGAUAUGGCUGUCGCAAAAGGGAACAUGGAAGCUCGACCGUCAGGCAAGUCCAGGCAAUCUGCAGGGUGUGGAAGACGAGCUUGGUUCGGGCAUGGACAGCCAAGGCGAGAGCGCGCCCAUCAUCCUUGCGGUCAAAGUCAGCGCGAAGGCAUCAGAGUCUCGGGUCGUUGGUGUUUGCUUUGCAGAUGCCAGUGUUCGAGAGCUAGGCGUCAGUGAGUUCCUCGACAACGACCUGUACUCCAACUUCGAGAGCAUGCUCAUCCAGCUGGGCGUCAAGGAGUGCCUCAUUCAGACCGACAACUCGAAGAAGGACCCCGAGCUGACCAAAAUCCGUCAAAUUUGUGACAACUGUAACAUUGCUGUAUCAGAGCGUGCUGCAGCUGACUAUGGCACAAAGGACGUCGAGCAAGACCUGGCACGACUCCUCAAAGACAGCGCAGGAGGCCAACUUCCUCAGACCGACUUGAAACUCGCCAUGGGAAGUGCUGCAGCUUUAAUCAAGUAUAUCGGGGCUCUGAACGACCAGACGAACUUUGGUCAAUACCAACUGUAUCAACACGACCUGAGCCAAUACAUGAAACUUGACGCAGCAGCAUUACGAGCUCUCAACCUGAUGCCGGGACCCAGGGACGGGUCUAAGACAAUGAGCUUGUUCGGCUUGUUGAACCAAUGCAAGACGCCCAUUGGAGGCCGAUUAUUGGCUCAAUGGCUGAAGCAACCACUCAUGAGCUUGGCUGCAAUUGAGAAACGGCAGCAGCUGGUUGAAGCAUUCGUGACAGACACAGAACUACGGCAGUCCAUGCAAGAAGAGCACCUUCGGUCGAUACCAGACCUCAAUCGAAUGGCGAAGAAGUUUCAGCGCGGGAAGGCCAACCUCGAAGACGUUGUCCGCGCCUAUCAAGUUGUGAUCAGACUACCUGGAUUCAUCGAAGCAUUAGAGACAGUUGUUGAUGAGCAGUAUCAAGUGCCGCUCGAUGAAAUAUAUACGUCGAAGCUGAAGAACCUGUCCAACUCUCUAGGCAAGCUAGCCGAAAUGGUUGAAACGACUGUUGAUCUUGAUGCUCUUGAUCGACACGAGUUCAUCAUCAAGCCUGAAUUUGAUGAGCAGCUGAAGGUCAUUCGCAAGAAGUUGGAUCGGAUCGAUCGCGGGAUGAAAGAAGAGCAUCGACGAGCCGGAGAUGAUCUUGAUCAGGAGCUGGACAAAAAACUGUUUCUGGAGAAUCACAGAGUACAUGGCUACUGUUUUCGACUUACACGGACAGAGGCCAGUUGCAUUCGAAACAAGUCUGCGUACAAAGAGAUCUCAACUCAGAAGAAUGGCGUGUACUUCACCACUUCCACAUUAAUGGACCUCCGACGAGAGUACGAUCAGCAGGCAGCCAAUUAUACCCGCAAGCAAGGAUCUUUGGUUGCGGAAGUUGUUCAGGUAGCUGCGUCUUAUGUGCCCGUUCUGGAGCAGUUGGCGACCAUACUGGCCCAUCUCGAUGUGAUCGUCAGUCUUGCACACGUUUCGGUCCACGCACCAUCCGGCUACGUCAGACCGAAGAUGCAUGCUCGUGGGACGGGCGAUACAAUCCUCAAAGAGGCAAGACAUCCAUGUCUCGAAUGCCAGGACGAUAUCAACUUCAUCACAAACGAUGUGGAACUGAAGCGAGACAGCUCCCGAUUUCUGAUCAUCACUGGACCAACAUGGGCGGAAAGUCAACAAGCCGAGUUGACAAUCUUCGACUGCAUCCUCGCCCGCGUUGGUGCUUCAGACUCGCAACUGAAAGGUGUUUCAACAUUUAUGGCAGAAAUGCUUGAGACAGCCAAUAUCCUGAAAAGCGCUACGAAGGACUCACUGAUCAUCAUAGAUGAGUUAGGCAGAGGUACGAGCACUUACGAUGGCUUUGGGCUUGCUUGGGCGAUCAGUGAAGAAAUUGUGGCUCAAAUCGGCGCCUUCGGCUGCUUCGCCACUCAUUUCCACGAGCUGACCGCACUGGCUGAUAAAUUUCCCGAUGCUGUCCAAAAUUUGCACGUGGUGGCGUUCGUCGGCGACCAGGAAACCAACGGCGACACAGACAUGAGCUCAAACAAGAGACGCGAAGUGACGCUGCUGUACCGUGUUGAGCCAGGUAUUUCAGACCAGAGUUUCGGCAUUCAUGUUGCCGAGCUCGUCCGCUUUCCUGACAAGGUAGUGAAGAUGGCCCGGCGGAAAGCAGAAGAGUUGGAAGACUUCUCUCAUGUUGACAAGUCGAAGGACCAAAAAGAAGAAUUCUCCAAGGAAGAGGUCGAGGAGGGCAGUCGCCUGUUGAAGAUUAUGCUGAAGGAAUGGAAGAAGAAGGUUGAAGAAGAAGAGAUGAGCAAGGACGAAAAGUUGAAGCUGAUGCGGACGAUGGUAAAGAGCGACGAGAAGCUCAUGGCGAAUCGCUUCUUCAUGGACUCGAUCAAGGCGCUAUGA